UGCUUACUAACUAGUGGCAUUAGUCUCAAUAACAACGCACAGAAUGGGCCUGCACGAUGCACCUCGCGCCCUGGCUCGUACUUCUUAUCUCGGCCGACUUAUAGUACGAAGCUUAACUAGCGGCAGGGAAACAGAUAGAGCGCGACGUGGAUCGUGCACCCCCAUUAAAGUACAAAAAUGCGCACCGUGUGUACCCAAGCCGCGUCCGGUGUGCCGCGAGCCCUCUGCGGCGUGCCCCCAUGGCCUGCGCCUCAUUUGUUACCCACCGUCCGCCGGAAAGCGUCCACCGUGCGAUUUACCGAGCCCUCCUCCUCCAUUAUCCUGCGAACGUAAUAGAAAUCAGGUGCAGUCAAUGAAACAUACUGAAGGACAGAGUAGUGACGAACACAAAAAUUUCUGUGGGGCUCAGUUGGACCGAGUAGCGAUGCGGUUGGCAGCUGCUGAGCGCUUGCGUCGUUUGGACUAUGAGCGUGAAGUAGCAGAGCAAACUCCGCCCCCAGCUCCAGUUCCUGCACCCUAUCACCUCACCAGCGAACACGAGUGUUUGAGAGCGAUAGAUGGCCGCGAUUAUACAGUAUCAAAAUCAAGUAUUAACACUGACAAGUCCACACAAAAUUCCACGCCUCCUUGUCCAGUGAAACUAAAGCCUGUUGACAAGUGUGAAAUAAGCCGUGGUCACCGUCUUGAUCCUUGCGAGCACCAUCCACGCAUUUUUCUCGAAAUAGAUCGUAGUGCAUCCAACAAAAGCCCUGAAAAAUUAUCUUACAACGUAGCCAAACAAAACGAUGAGUCUAAUGCCGCAGGCACCUCAUCUCCGAAACAAAUGUCAACUACAGGACGUUUUACAACACGUUUACUUAAGAGCCUAAAACGUAAUGAAAACACUGUUUGCCCACGACAAGCAUGUAAGUCAUCAUCUACUGAAAAAAGCUGGUGUGUGAAUUUAUCUCCUCCGAAGUCAGUUCCAGUAAGCUGUAGAGAGCAAUCACUUCUUGAACGUCUUCGUCAAAAGCCAGGAAGUGCGCCUGGUAAACAAUGUAACCCGCAACGUCAAUUGCAUUCACAAAUAUGUAAUGAACCUACACCUAAAUCAAAUAAAGGCUUAGAAGAAAAGACAAAACAAGAUAGACUUACAAGUGUGUUGCGUGAAAGGAUGCAUUUAAAAGAAGCAGGACGGGGAAGAGUGGUUACAACAGAUCAAAAAUCAAACAAAAGCACAAAUUUUGGUUCUGGUGGCCUGGAACUGAAAGUUCCACCCAAUUCCGAGGCCGUUCGAGUUCGUGUAUCACUUGAUUUUGAAACCGUAGAUAUUGCUACAGGUAAAAGAAACCCUGCAGAAUUGAAGAAUUUCAAUGAUCAUGCUAUCUCUACUUGUCAUAGUGUUGUAGGAUCUGAAUCCUGGUUAUCAAUAAAAAACCUUCAAAAAAAAUUUUCAGGCUAUCGUAAAAAUGAUGUUUCAACAGAAAAUAAAAGUCAUGGGAACUAUGGGACAUGUCAACGUCCAAGUGAUGAAAAUACAUCCAUUUUGAAAAAGAGACCCGAAUGUACUUUGCCUCCAAGGAGUCAAAAGCCAGUCGUACAGUCUCCUCACUCAAACACACCGCCUUUACAACGCCCUCGUUCUCAGUCACCUUGCACCCCAUACCCGAAGCAAAGCACGUCGCAAUACAUCUCGCAAAACAUUCUAACGACUUACUAGUUGAUCAAUAUAUUACAACCAUAUUAGAGUAUUGUUUCAAUAUGAGCACAAUUAUAUUAUUGUACUAUUGUAAAUUCGUAAAUUUUAUA